GAACCAAUGACCCACUUUUAGGUUUCCAUAAUCUAACAAACGAGAAAGACCCUUUAGAAUCUUGAAAUUUCUAGUUGAAAGCUACUCUAUUUCUCUGUUGCUUCAUUUUCCUUUUUCUUUUCUUGCAAUUCGAUCUCUGUCACCUUCUUGAAAGUGGUCAGUCCCACGCCACUCUAAUCCACUGAGCACUCGAUUCCAGAAUCCUUAAAAAAUAUUUGAUGGUGAGUACGAGGAUCCUCUCUUGCUCUGUCAAAAGCUUUUACGAGUCUGAUAUUUUAACACUAAUUUGGGGCAAUUUGGACAAAGUCAAGCCAUGAAUCUGCAAGACUGUAUCUUAACCUACUCAAGGCAGCAACCAGCAAAACCAUCUGUAGCUCAUUCAAAACUGUCAGAAAUUUAAAGGUUGUUGAUAAAAAUCUAAAAUCGAGAUUGAAAACAGUCUUUCGAAUGGAUUCAAGUCUUGGGUUUUAGCAGUUGUAACUGUUCAACAUUCCCCUUUUAAAUUUAGGAAUUUUCCCGCCUCAAAAUAGGAUAAAGUUGUUUGGUUCUCACUUCGUAGAUGGGACUGCUUAAAAAAACACAAUAGGUGUGGGUCCAACCUGACCCACCUCACUAUAUUUCCAAGGAGUCGCUCCCAAACACAAACAGCAAUACUCUUGUCCAGAGAAUUUUCAGGACAAUAAAAAGUGGCCUUGGCACUGCUGAAUUUCCAACAUUUUUUGCCCAAUCUUUUAACAUUGCUGAAUUUAGCCAAGGGAAAUGAAUACAGGAAAUGGCAGAGAAAGCAGAGAGAAGCUAUACUACAAGUCCUGAAGGUUCGCCAACUACAAAGGCACCAACGGCUUAUUCUCUUUUGAGAAAGGUGUUUGAUAAAAUUUUGGGUUUUGUCACUUCUUGGAGAAGGAACACAACUUCUCGAGGUAGAAGAAUUUUCCAUAGAGAUGUCGAAAAAGAUGAGUUCCAGUAUGCAAGCACUCAUUGUCUCUCAUCAUACUACAGUGUUUUCGUAGUUCGCCUAGCUAUCAUGGUCAUGUUAGCCAUUUUGAUUGGGCUGCUAACCAUUCUAACUUGGCAUUUCACAAGGAGUUAUACAAAAAAGUCACUAGACACCUUAGCUUAUGGCCUUCGUUAUGAACUUCUACAACGCCCCAUAUUACGAAUGUGGAACAUUUUGAAUUCUACUGCUGAGAUAACUACAGCCCAGGUUAAGCUGUCAGAGUAUGUAAUCAGAAAGUAUAGCAAGCCAGCUAGUCAAGCAGAACAAGUUGAGCUGUAUCAAGUAAUGAGGGAUGUGACCUGGGCGCUGUUCGCGAGUCGCAAAGCUCUCAAUGCCAUAACUGUAACUUACAGAAAUGGCUUUGUUCAGGCUUUCCAUAGAGAUCAUAGGAGUAACAAUACGUUUUAUAUCUACUCCAAUCUUGUAAAUUAUUCAAUCAAUGCCAAUGAGCCUUAUGAUGUCAAUAAGUUGUCCUCACAUCAAGAGUGGAAUGAUCAAUCCAUUCAUGGUAACCUUUCAGCAAUCUGGUACCGUGAACCACUAGAUCCCCUAACUGGUGAAAAGAAAGGAAAAGCAAGCCAAAUUCCACCGGAUGAUCUUAUCAAUAUUGCAGGCUUUUCACAAGUACCAGAUGGUGUAGCUUCCUGGCAUGUGGCAGUAAGCAAGUAUACAGAUUCACCGUUGCUUUCAGCAGCAUUGCCUGUAAGGGAUGCUUCCAAUGAGAGCAUAGUGGCUGUUGUAGGGGUUACUACUGCACUCUACAGCGUAGGCCAGCUGAUGAGAGAACUUGUUGAAGUCCAUAGGGGACACAUAUAUUUGACCUCUCAAGAGGGUUAUUUACUAGCUACUUCCACAAAUGCUCCUCUCUUAAGAAAUUCAACGACAGGACCCAAGCUUGUGAUGGCAGUUGAUUCUGAGGAUAAAAUAAUACAAAUGGGAGCUCAGUGGUUAGAGAGAGUCUAUGGAAACAAGUUUCCUCCUAGGCACAUUGUUCAUGUAGAGGAUGCAAAGCUUGGCCACCAGCAACAUUACAUUGAUUCAUUUUUCCUAAAUCUAAAGAGACUGCCUAUAGUAGGGGUUAUCAUCAUUCCAAGAAGAGAUAUAAUGGGAAAGGUAGAAGAGAGAGCCUUCAAAACAUUGGUUAUACUGAUUUCUGCAUCUGUAUGCAUACUAGUCAUUGGAUGUGUGUGCAUAUUAAUUCUUACAAAUGGAGUAUCAAAGGAAAUGAAACUAAGAGCAGAGCUGAUAAGCCAUCUUGAUGCAAGAAGAAGGGCAGAGGCAUCAAAUAAUUACAAAAGCCAAUUUCUAGCAAACAUGAGUCAUGAAUUGAGGACUCCUAUGGCUGCAGUGAUUGGGUUGCUGGAUAUUCUUAUCUCUGAUGAUUGUCUGACAAAUGAACAAUAUGCAACCGUUACUCAGAUUAGAAAAUGCUCCACUGCUCUACUUCGGCUUCUUAACAACAUAUUAGAUUUGAGCAAGGUUGAAUCUGGAAAGCUAGUGUUGGAAGAUACUGAGUUUGACCUAAGACGAGAACUUGAAGGACUCAUCGAUAUGUUCUCUGUGCAGCGCAUUAACCACAAUGUGGAGGCUGUUUUAGAUCUUUGUGAUGAUAUGCCGAAAUUAGUUCGAGGAGACUCUGCCAGAGUUGUGCAAAUAUUUGCAAAUCUCAUUAGCAAUUCUAUCAAGUUUACAACGUCGGGUCACAUUAUUCUUCGUGGUUGGUGUGAAAACUCAAGUACUUUCAGUCAGACCACAAAGUUUCCUGUUGAUCAGAAGAAAGCACGGUGUGCAAUUAAGACAAAAUUGAGGCAUAAAGGGAACCACAUGAAGAAGGCCUCCAAGAAAGAAAACAAAGUGAUUCUUUGUUUUGAAGUUGAUGACACAGGCUGUGGAAUUGACCCAAGCAAAUGGGAAUCAGUAUUUGAAAGCUUUGAGCAAGCUGAUCCCUCAACAACUAGAUUGCAUGGUGGCACUGGUCUUGGACUCUGCAUUGUUCGAACCUUGGUUCACAAGAUGGGUGGAGAAAUAAAAGUUGUAAAGAAGAAUGGACCGGGAACUCUAAUGCGGCUUUACUUGCUUCUUAGUAAAACUGUAGAUGGUGUGGAACAGCAUUGCCAAAUUGAUUUAGUGAGUCAUAAUGUUGUGGUUCUGCUGGCACUAUAUGGUUCCAUGGGCAGAGCUAUUAUGUCCCAGUGGUUGCGUAAAAUUGGACUGCCCUCUUUAGGAGUAUCUGAGUGGAAUGAGCUGACACAAGUUCUUCGGGAGCUCUUUUAUAGAAGAAAACACAAUAAUGGCUUUGAGGCACAGUGUUCUCUGAAUGAACCAUUAAAAGCCGAAGUUCUUGAUAUACAAGACGUUCGGGACCCUGUAUUUGUCAUAGUUGUAGAUAUAGGGUUGCUUGACUUGAGCACAGAUAUAUGGAAGGAACAACUUAACUUCCUUGAUAAGUUCUCUGGGAAAGCCACAUUUGCCUGGAUGCUAAAUCAUGAUACGCCUAAUGCAAUAAAAAUGGAGCUUCGAAGGAAGGGGCAUGUAUUAAUGGUAAAUAAACCUCUAUACAAGACAAAAAUGAUUCAGAUUUUGGAAACUGUCAUAAAGGAACAACAAAAGAAUAGUUUGAAUGCUGUGAGAGCUACAACAAAAGAUGAUGAUAUGCAUGAAUAUCUUGAGAUCGAUUCCACUCAGUUUGAGAAUGCCAGUUCUGAAGAUUCUGAUAUGGCUGAAAUGGGUAAUUCUAAUGCUCUAAAUGCAUUUCUUCAUGGAGAGAAGCAAAAAGAAAGAGGGAUGGUUACAUAUCAGACAUUUAAGGAGAGCUUAGUUGAAUUGACUGAUGUGCAUUUAGAAGAAAAUAAUUUGAGUAGGGAGGAUGUGUGUAAAAUGAAGCCCAACUUGCCUGACACCACAGAGGAAACAGCUACGUUGAUGAACAACAAACAAGCACCUUUUUCAACAGUCUCUGAAAGUGAAAGUUCAAAACACUGGGAUCAACAUUCAGAAAGUAGUUGUCCUAAAGGAAAAGCUAAUUCAUACUCAAGCAAAGCUGUGACCGAACAGAAAGCUCUAGAAGGCCUUAGGAUCCUUCUAGCAGAAGAUACUCCAGUUCUGCAAAGAGUUGCAACUAUCAUGUUAGAAAAAAUGGGAGCUAAAGUUAUGGCUGUUGGAGAUGGACUGCAAGCAGUGGACGCACUAAAUUGCCUGCUUAGUGCAAAAGAGGAUAAAAGAGAAUCUCUUGUGCAAGAUGGAAAUAAAGGUUCACAAACUGAAAUUCAGGAUUCCCUUCCAUUUGACUUGAUCCUAAUGGAUUGUCAGAUGCCGAAAAUGGAUGGCUAUGAAGCAACGAAAGCGAUUAGACAAUCAGAAGCAGGAACAGGAUUGCACAUUCCCAUUGUUGCAUUGACAGCCCAUGCAAUGUCAUCCGAUGAAACCAAGUGCUUGGAAGUUGGCAUGGAUGCUUAUCUAACAAAGCCAAUUGACUACAAGCUGAUGGUAUCCACCAUUCUAUCACUCACUAAACAAGCAACCUAACUUUUCUCGUCACUUGUUGCAAAAGCUAACAAAAUACUGUCUCAAGUGGUUUUUGGGUUUAAAGUUGGAUGAUUUCACUCAAAAUAUAAUAUAGCAUGCAUCUUGUACGUGUAGAAGUAUCAUCCAAUUUUCCAUGUCCCGUCACAGAUAGAGGGAUUUUUCACUUAAAGUUCAUUUGCUUGCUUGGUUUUUCUAGUGCUCGCAUAUUUAAUUUGUGGAACAGAUCACAAUAAGGCUGCUUGCUUCGAUUCUUGAAACUCAUUUGACAUGAAAAGUGCAGCCAAUGUAGAAAAACAAUGUGAUGUAUGUUAGAAGCACAAGAUGAAGCUGAUUAAUUUAUAGUUUAGCAGAAGUGCUUGGAGGGCUGCCUUUAUAACCAAAAAAGGCAGUGCGCAUCUGCAGAUAGAAUCCCCAAUAUAGUUUAAGGUCUGUAAGAUUCAUAGGGUCAAAUUAAUGAUGAUCAACAGCUUUAUGGAGCUUAAUUUGUUUUUCUGA